CCCCCUGAUCAGUCCGUCACGUCAUGUGGUCUAUCACGCAUCUCUACACUUCCUCAAACUUUCAGCCUGGUGUUUCGGCCUGUUCUGGUUCCAGUUCGCCUCCUUCUCCCUCUGAGCAGGAAACGAAACUUAGCUUCAGUCGAACUGCAGCCAGGUUUUUUAGAAGCAGCCGGCCCGGAAUGGAGCCGCGACGGCGGAGGCUCCAGAUGUCAGGACCGACGAGAGGAGCCGGCGCGGCCGCAGCAGCAGCGCUGGUCCUCGCACUGCUGCUCACCUGCAGCGUCAGGUGUGCGGAGAGCUCUAAACCGAGCAACGUUAUCCUGAUUCUGGUGGACGACCAGGACGUUGAGCUGGGGGGGAUGACACCGAUGAAAAAAACCAAACAAUUGAUAGGAGAGGCAGGAGCAACAUUUGUGAACGCUUUUACGGUCACGCCGCUGUGCUGCCCCAGCAGGAGCAGCAUUCUGUCGGGUCGUUACCCCCACAACCACCAGGUGAGAAACAACUCUCUAACUGGGAACUGCUCGAGUCCACUGUGGCAGAAGGGCCCAGAGGCUGAGGCUUUCCCAGUCUUCCUCAGCAAGAAGAAAUACCAGACGUUCUUCAGUGGGAAGUACCUGAACCAGUACGGUCAAAAAGCUGCGGGAGACGUGGAUCAUGUUCCACCCGGCUGGGAUCAGUGGAAUGCUUUGGUGGGAAACUCCCAGUACUACAACUACACAUUGUCAGUCAACGGGAAAGCAGAGAAGCACAGCGACACUUAUGAGAAAGACUACCUGACGGACCUCAUACUGAAUCGGUCUCUAACCUUCCUGGAUGAGCGGAGCCCUCAGCACCCUUUCUUCAUGAUGCUGGCUCCUCCUGCUCCCCACUCCCCAUGGACAGCAGCUCCUCAGUACCAGCAGGAGUUCAACAAUGUUCAAGCCCCUCGAGACGGUAGCUUUGAUAAACCAGGGAAGGACAAACACUGGCUGCUGCGUCAGCCAACCAACCCCAUGCCCAAUAGCUCCAUUGUCUACCUGGAUAAUGCUUUCAGGAGAAGGUGGCAGACGCUGCUGUCAGUGGACAACAUGGUGGAGAAGCUGGUGAAAAAGCUGGACAGCAUCAAAGAGCUGGACAACACCUACCUCAUCUACUCCUCAGACAACGGCUACCACACAGGUCAGUUCUCGCUGCCCAUCGAUAAGAGGCAGCUAUACGAGUUUGAUAUCAGGAUCCCGCUCCUGGUCCGAGGUCCGGGCAUCAAACCAAACCAGACUCUGAAGGCUCCGGUACUGAACAUUGAUCUCGCUCCCACUAUAUUGGACAUAUCUGGAGUCAACCUAUCAACCGUUAAAAUGGACGGGGAGUCUUUCCUCUAUCAGAUGGCUCCGUCUCUGAGAAACGGCACAGCAAGACCAUUUUUCCUGGUAGAAUAUACUGGAGAGGGAAGUCCAGUGUCAGACCCUUCUUGCCCUAAACUAGGCUCCGGAGUGUCGGAAUGUUUUCCAGACUGUGUGUGUGAGGAUGCCUACAACAACACGUACGCCUGCGUCAGGUCUUUGGACGGCAGCCAUAACCUGCAGUACUGCGAGUUUGCAGACAGCGAGUCGUUUGUAGAGAUGUACAACUUAACAACAGACCCGCAUCAACUGCAGAACAUCGUAAAGACAGUGGAUCCGUCAGUCCUGCAGCUGAUGAACCAGCGGCUCAUAAAGCUUCAGUCCUGCAUUGCUGACAGUUGUCAUGACUACAAAAUGAGAAACAACCAAUGAGUCCUCUUGUCGUGGACUGCGCCUUGCUCAGAGGCUUGAUAUCUGAACACUAACUUCCACUUUACAGACAUUUAGACUCGUUUCAGGAGUGAAAACCAACAGAUAAGUCAUGGCUGAGUUCCACUUAGCUGUACGGCUUGCAGACUCCUGCUGAACGUUGGAACAUUAAGAAACGUCUUAAUUUAGACGUUUAUAUGAAAAAUUAGAACCUCUUUAGUGUUUGUGCAGCACCAUUACAACUGCAGCUACUAGUUAGCUUAGCCUAAUGACUGAAAGCAGUUAGCUUUGGCUUGUGGAGGUCCAAGUGUCUACGUCCUCUCUGACCUGUGUGUAUUCAUCUAAUCUUUCCAUAAGAAGCACACGUUAAAAUCCAUGCUGUGCCAUUUUUUACAUAAACUGCAACAUAAACGAGGUUGUAGGCAUCAGAAGACCGUCUGAUGGUUUGAUACAAAGCUCAAAGAAAUUCAAAGAUCUGACGGUACUAUCACUGAUUCAUUUCUGUCUAAAUCAACUUGUUACAUUUUACAAACGGCUCCAGCUCCGUGUUCAGAUGUCUGAUUAUUAGUUUAACUCUGCAGCACUUCCAGCUAAAGAAGACGCCCGUGUUCAGAGACAUUCCCGCUUCAGUGGUCUGCUCCACCUCUGUGCCUUACAUGUAAAGAACGGCCUUUUUUAUGUUCUCAUACUUUGUUUAUGUUGAGUUUUACAAAGAACUCGGGAGCUGAUGAAUAUUUGUGGGAAAGUCUGUUUUGAUUGUGAGAAAUCCAAAAGGGAAUGUUGGUGAUUUAAAUCCUCUGUGCCUUUGAUUUGCAUCGAUGGAAAUGCACGUGCCUUAAAUGUGAAUGGAUUUUGCACUGCCAAGACAAAAAUGAUUAUAAAUAAAGACACUGAUGAUGUAAA